AUGGCGAUGGCGACGGCAGCUGAGAUGAGCGUGCCGAAGAUGAGCGGGCCGAAGGUGUGCAUAGAUGCCGAGAUGAGCGUGCCGAAGGUGUGGACGGUGGACGCGCACGGCGUCCUGGCACCGCUGAAGGCGGCGACGCCGCUGAUUCCGAGCCCGAGCGACCAAGGAAUUCAGCCGCAGGAGGGCGACGACACGAGGCCGCCGAACGCCUUCAGGCCCGAGAAGCUGAACAGGAUAGUCAGCUACGGUGAAGCAUCGGUGGGCUUCUCGUCGUCCCAGGGUCAACGCUGUGGGUCGGCUUCUUCCACGGCUUAUGAUAUGAUUGUGGAAGAUUUGGGGGAAGGGCGAUAUGGACUCAACUUAACGGUCACGAUGGACUUCGAUACCGUUCACCCAGGUGAAAGUAUGGUGGUGUGGAUGAAGCGUGCAAAGCAGCUCAUCAACGAUGCGCGUGGCUCCGAUGUUGUGCUGGUCGACACGACCUUUUACGAUCAGGUUAACGGCCAGUGGGUCCGCAUCGACACCGACAUCCGCUUCGCCGCCGAGGCAGAGGCCAUCGCCAAGUCUGUGAUGGAGACGGACUCGGGCCAGACUGUGGGGCGGGUGGUGAGCGCCGGCGCCACGGACGAUGCGAAGCUCGGCCCCGUGGGCGAGCGCGGACGGGUCGUGCUGAGCUACCGAUGCGAGGAGCUGUACUGCUACGCAGAGAUGGGCCUGGGGCCCGCCUGCGCGGAGCCGAGGCACCUGGUGCCCCUCGCCGUCCACUUGCCCCACGCUCCCCUGGACAGCCUGGGCGGUAGCGCGCACCUGUCCGUCACAGUGCGCGGGCCGCCGGCGUCGCGCUCGCUGGACCUGGUGGCCAACGUGCUUGCGCUGCAGCACCUGCG